AUGAGUGCUCGCAACAUUUUGAUUCCUUCAACGACUUGCCUGAAUCAAAUUAUUAAUAGGUGUAUACGUACCGGCCUUCUAGAUGAUGCUCGGAAGCUCUUCGAUCAGAAUCCUGAGUAUCACGACAUCGUUUCUUGGAAUUCUAUGAUAGCUGGGUGUGUGAAACACGAUCGAUUACGAUAUGCUAAGGAAUUGUUCGAUCGAAUGCCCCAGAGAGAUACCGUCACGUGGAAUUCAAUGUUACUGGGGUUCCAACGGACCCAUGAUUCGGAAAAUGCAGUUCGAUAUUUUGUAGAGAUGGGAAGGAUUGGAGAGAAACCCAACGAAUUCACUUUGUCGACAAUAAUUAGUACGAUUACGAACACGGAUUCCAAAUGUUUGAUCCUGCAGCUUCACACCUGUGUAGUUUGUUUAGCUUUCAACUCGAGCGUUUACGUUGGAUCAGCUUUGAUGGGUGGUUAUGCGAGUUUGGGGUGUAAGAUCUCCUUGCGUAGAGCCUUUGAGGAUAUCUCUGUGAAGAAUGUGAUCUCAUGGAACGCAAUGAUAUCUGGUUAUAUGAGUUUGGGCUUUGUAGCCGAGGCUCGUAGCGCUUUCAAUUUGAUGCCUGAUAGGAACGUGGUUUCAUGGACAACGUUGGUUAAAGGGUACAUCAGCAAUAAAAUGCUGGAAGAAGCUCGUUUCAUGUUCGACAGAAUGACUGAAAGAAAUGUAGUUUCCUGGACGGUAAUGAUCAGCGGGUAUGAGCAAUAUGGCCUCUUCGUAGAGGCUCUAGAAGUAUUUCUUUCGAUGUGGAGAUCAGGUGGUCGGCCAAACCAUUACACAUUUUCUAGUGUGAUCAGUGCUUGUGCAGGUUGCUCAGCCCUGCUCAUUGGCAAGCAAGUACAUUUAAGCAUUUUCAAGUUAGGUUUGUUGGUGGAUGUGAUCUUGUCAAGCUCACUCGUUGACAUGUAUGCAAAAUGUGGGGAUAUCACAGCAGCAGCUUACGCUUUCGAGUCCAUGCUGGAUAAGAACGUAGUCUCAUGGAAUUCUAUCAUAGGUGGUUACGCUAGACAUGGACUUGGAACAAGAGCACUGGAGGAAUUUGAGAGAAUGCUCAACAAUGGGGUCGAGCCAGAUUACGUAACAUUUGUUAAUGUGUUAUCUGCAUGUAGUCAUGGAGGGUUGGUUGAAGAAGGUGAGAAGCACUUUGCGUCCAUGGACACAAAAUAUGGUAUCAAAGCAGGGUUGGAGCAUUAUGCUUGCAUGGUUGAUCUCUUUGGAAGGGCAGGGCAGCUAGAUAAAGCAGAGAAGAUGAUCAAAGGCAUGCCAAUGGAGCCCGACGUGAUAGUAUGGGGUGCACUGCUUGGAGCCUGUGGCCUACAUUCAAGUUUGGAACUUGGCAUGUUUGCUGCAGAUAGACUGUACCAGCUGGAAAAGGAUCACCCUGCAGUUUACUCAGUCUUAUACAAGAUUCAUGGUGAGAGGGAAGUAUGGAGCAAUGUAACUGGUUUGAGGAAGAUGAUGAAGGAAAUGCACGUCAAGAAGCAGAACGCAGGUAGUUGGCUUGAGUCUCAAUUAACAUGA